CGGACAAGCCAUCCCAUUUCGUCCAUUCUGAGAUGUCUGGUUAUCAGAGCACCUCCAGCAUUCAUCCUGACGCGUAUCUGCUAUGUAUAUGGCUACCUAAUGUCCAAUCCAUUUCGCCGUAGUUCUUUAGCUAAAGGUGUUGUUGGCAGCAAUUCAUUCAACACAUCGCCCGGCCCGCGCGGCACCGAGCCUUUGGCGAUAGACACAAAAGUUCGUGCUGCGUCUCAGAAACAUGUGAAUUUCGCUUCUCCUCCAGCGAUCAUCUCGCCGGCCUCGUAUGCCUCGUCACCCGAAUCAACUCGACAAGAGUUUCCGUCUGCCUUUUCCAGCCCGACUUCGUCCUUUCCUGUACCUACAGAUUACAGCCAGGCGUUUGCCACCGACCCAUUUGCAGAACAGCCUGACGACGAGGACGACAGUGCAAUCGAGAAAGCGCAGGAGAAUGCAAAGGCCAACACUGCGAUAGUGGUCGAGACAACAGCUACGGUGCACGUCUCUAGGGAUGACGCUGUGACGGAUACAUUGGGAAGAUUUGCCAGCGGUCUACGGAAGCCAUCGACCACACAAGAAUUUGCAGCUGGGGCGAAGGACCAGGGUGGCCUCGUGAAGUCGACCAUGGACGUGGACGCAUUCAAGAGGAUGUUGCUUACUGGAGAACGGCAAAGUGCUGCCUCUCGAGUGUCCGUAACGCAAAAUGCCCAUACAGCCACAAUCCAACCUGUAAGUGACAGUAGUUCCAAUGCGGAUUCGGCUUCGAUCUCACAAUACUCGCUUUUCGAGACGAUUCCACCUACGCACGAGGAAAGCCCGCGAACCUCCGAGGAGCUGGAUACGAGAGAGGCCAACGAGCCACGGGCCACGGCCGGACCUAAUUCUUCAGUCAGGAGGCCGCCUCCGCCACCCAAGAGUCGACAUGGAAAGCCAGACAAAGAAGCAACGCCUGAAACUGGCCCCAUCGCAAAAUUGGACACCUUUAUCAAUUCCCUCACAUUACCUGCAUCACAGAGUACUAGUUCAGCGACGGCCAGCAUAACAUCUCCGCCGAUCGAGCAGAGCCCUACAAGCGACCGAUUUGCGAAGCCCACUGUACCUGAAAGUAACAAGCGGACAGCACCAGCACUUCCGCUUGCUCGUCGAAAGCUCCAACAGCCGCCUAGCAAGUCGUCCUUGACAAGGAGCAGCUCGUCGCGACAGUCCGGACAUGGUGGAUUUGAUCCGCCCCCGAGCCCUUCCGCCACGACUUCAACAUCAAAGGCUCCUCCACCUCCUCCCGCGCGCCGGUCCACCAGUACCGGUGAGCGCCGCGAUUCGCUUGACGUGAUGCCAGUCUCGGAGACUGACAGUCUUUCCGGAGAACAACUAACUUCAGACUGGUCAAGUGUCGAGGCAGGUUCAGCCUUAACGCAGACACCCUCGUAUCCGAAAAGGACGAGUCAAGGGCCACCUCCGCCGCUGCCGCCGCCUCGAAGAGGGCGAGGCUCUAGUAGAAGCUCCGUUGAAACUCAGAGACCGACAAUGACGGCAUUAGGUAUGACAGAUGUUAGUCAAGGGGACUCCAAUAUCAACAGGGGCAGCACUGGCAGCAGGGACAUUUUGGCGGAUCUCGCGGCACUCCAGAGAGAGGUGGAUGCAGCGAGAGCAAGCGCAGGUCCAUGACGACCUGCUAUGAGUUAUGUAUAGUUGUACCAAUGCAGCACGAACGGACACGAAUUUACAAAUUCUUUCA